CCUGGUGUGUGCGUUUCUCCCAGGAGCCCGCCGACCAGUCCGUGGUGCUGGGGGAGCGGGUGGUGCUGUCCUGCGUGGUCUUCAACUACACCGGGAUCGUACAGUGGACCAAGGACGGCCUGGCCCUGGGCAUCGGAGAGGGUCUUCGAGCCUGGCCCAGGUAUCGUAUUCAGCGGGCGCUGGACACCGGCCAGUACAAUUUGGAAAUCUCCAACGCGGAGCUGUCUGAUGACUCUCUUUAUGAGUGUCAGGCCACAGAAGCUGCCCUGCGGUCCAGGAGAGCCAAGCUCAAUGUACUCAUCCCCCCCGAGGAUCCUGUGGUGGAGGGAACGCCGGAGAUGCUGCUGAUGGCGGGAAGUCCACACAACCUGACCUGUGUGACCCGCGGGGCCAAGCCUGCGGCUCACAUCCAGUGGACCAAGAACGGAGUCCCUGUGGAGGGAGCGUACCACUCCACGGAAGUGCUGCCAGACAGGAAGAGAGUGACGACCAGGAGCUAUCUCCCCAUCACUCCAGUCGACACUGACAGUGGCAGCAAUUUCACCUGUGUGGCCAGCAAUCUAGCAGUCCCGAUGGGCAAACGAGUCACUGUCACUCUCAACGUCCACCACCCCCCAACGGUGACCCUUUCCAUCGAACCCCGCUCUGUCCUGGAGGGAGAAAGAGUCACGUUCACCUGCCAGGCUACCGCCAACCCUCCCAUCAUGGGCUUCAGGUGGGCUAAAGGCGGCGUGUUGCUGGAGGGGGCCAGAGAGAGCGUGUUUGUCACCACUGCGGAUCACUCGUUCUUCACCGAGCCCGUGUCGUGUCAGGUGUUCAACGCGGUGGGGAACACAAACGUCAGCAUCCUGGUGGACGUGCACUUUGGCCCGAUUCUGGUGGUGGAGCCCAGACCGGUCACAGUGGACGUGGACUCCGACGUCACUCUAAACUGCAAGUGGGCUGGAAACCCUCCUCUUACCCUUACUUGGACCAAAAAAGGCUCCAGCAUGGUCCUCAGCAACAACAACCAGCUGCAUUUGAAGUCGGUGAGCCAGGCCGAUGCAGGACAGUACGUCUGCAAGGCCAUCGUGCCUCGAAUUGGAGUGGGAGAGACCGAAGUUACGCUCACAGUCAACGGRCCCCCCAUCAUCUCCAGUGAUCCAGUUCAGUACGCCGUCAGAGGUGAAAGAGGGGAGAUCAAGUGUUACAUCGCCAGCACCCCCCCGCCUGAUAAGAUUGUUUGGGCGUGGAAGGAGAACGUGUGGGAGAAAGAAAAAGGCACUUUGAUGGAGAGGUACACCGUGGAGCAGAGCAAACCUCCAUCCCAGGGCGGGGCGGUCCUCUCCACCCUCACCAUCAACAACGUCAUGGAGUCCGACUUCCACUCGCCGUACAACUGCACUGCCUGGAACUCCUUCGGGCCAGGAACCAUGAUCAUCAUCCUGAARGAGAAAGAAAUGUAUCCGGUGGGAAUUAUCGCCGUCAGUACAGUGGCCUCCUCCAUUCUGCUGCUCCUGCUCCUGCUGGCGCUCGCCUUCUUCCUCUACCGCCAACGCAAAGGCACCGUUCAAAGACGACAUGGACCUGAAGCAGGAGAUCAGGAGCGAGAGCGACACACGGGAGGAGUACGAGCUAAAGGAUCCAACCAACGGCUACUACAACGUUCGAGCCACCACCCACGAAGAGGCCCGCCCCCAGACCCGUGUGGUCCACUACCAGGGAGAGUUUCGCCCUCCGAACCCCAACAGCGGAGCAGCCGGCGCCGCUUCCAGCGGACCCCCCGCCGCAGCCAGCGGCGCCGUCCCCCCGAGCGCAGUGCCGGGUUCCAGAGCGGGCUGCUACGACCCCCGCCCACCCUCCAGGAUGUCCCACGCCACCUAUGCCCAUUUCAACACCUUCWCCAGGGCGCCGCAGAGCCAGCAGGCGCCCCCGAACCCGGCUCUUCAAUCGCCGGGAGAUUACCCUGGAGGGGACUGCGGCCUGCUGGACGGCACCACCCAACUGCCGUAUGACAACUAUGGGUACCCCUCCCAGUACGCCAGCUACCGGAUGGGCUUUGCUCCCCCCAUAGAGGAAGGGCCGGCCUAUGAGAUGUAUCCAACGGGACAAGGGACCGGACCAGGACCRGGGCCGGGGCCGGGGCAGCAAAGUCCUGAAACGGGGCUGGGGAAGUACGGAACCUCGACUCGCUUCUCGUACUCAUCUCCGCCCUCUGACUAUUCCAGCAGACACACACAACGAAUGCAGACUCACGUGUGAGGAACACGUCGUGGACUAACUUUUAACAUCAGCAGUAUUAUCACACAUGAAAACAAACCCUUUCAUUCUGUAGAGAUCCAAACAUAAACCUUCAACAAAAAAAAACAAGUAUUUUUUUCCAUAGCCACAGAUGCAUGGAAACAUUCAUUUCUCUGAAUCACAUUUUAACAGUUAGCAGUUAGCAUUGCUUAAAACACAAUAAGAAGCAAUACAUGCAACACACUGAAAGCAGCCUUCACACGUUUAUAUCAGCUUCCAAUCCUUUUCCAAUUUUUUCUGUUUUUUUCUGCCAAUAAAAGCAAAAGCGAGAGCUACAAUCAAGAGAAUGUAAAAGAGCAAAAAGACGACAUGAAGAAGAGAACUUUAUGUUGUGCUACCUUCAUCCUGCUCUUGGACCAUCAUCAUCGAUAUCGUCCUGCGUCACGGUCCAGCCUCUCUCUGUAAAUAUAAAAAGAAAAAAAUUGGGAUCAUUUWAAAAAUUCUAUUUCUUGUAUAAAGCUCUAUCCUGAAAUGCAGUUCAGCAAUCUACAGCAAACCUCUUAAUCAGCCACACAUUUUUUUUUUCAUUACUGA